AUGAAGCAGUGCAACAUCCUGGCUGGGAUCUCCUGGAUCUGCGUUUCCUUGGGCCACACCAGUAUGAACCAGUAUGAACCAGAGGGGUGGGCGGGGCUGAACUUCGCCUCCGAGGCCGAGGCCGCGACCUUCGAGGGGAGGGUCCAGGAGAGGCUGAGACGGCGACAGCAGCGGGCAGAGAAGCAGUCGCUGCCCCCUCCCCCACCCCCCGGCAAUGAGCGUCGCGGGAGCCUCCCCAGGACCCCCAACCCUGACGGCCCCCCCAUCCCGGCCGUUCCCAUCCCCAAUCCCGACAUCACCCCCAGCCGCUACCGGGGGCUGCCCAACCCCCCCUCCGGCCCCUCCCCCACCCCCGGACCCCCCCCCGCCUCCGGGGACCCCAAAAAGGCCGGGGGGGGACGCAAGAAAAUCUCCAAGGCCGAUAUCGGGGCCCCCUCCGGCUUCAAGUGGUGCUCCGUGUGCUGCCUCUCGCCGUGGCCGCGCCUGCAGGACCUGUGCCGGCUGCAGCGCGUGCGGUGCCGCGCCCUCGGCGUCACCCGCCGCAACCUCGGCGACUUCGAGGUGGAGCUGCUGUGCGACUACCGGAGAGUGAGGGACGAGGAAUUUUACCUGGUGAAGUGGCGCGGGUACCCCCCCUCCGCCAACACCUGGGAGCCGCGCCGCAACCUGCGCUGCCGCGGCCUCCUGCAACAACUGCACUCCGACCUGGCCAAGGCACCUGGCGGCCCCGUCCGGCCCGGCCCUCGCGGCUUACCUGCCCGAGCCGUGUCUUACCUGGCCCAAAAGGCCGAGCAGCGCCGAGCCCUGCGCAGGUGGGAGCGUCACCUGAACCGCACCCGCAGCCACCGCGGCCGCAUCGCCGUGGAGAACGAGGUCGACCUGCACGGGCCCCCCCGCGACUUCGUCUACGUCAACGAGUACAAGGUGGGCGCGGGUGUGACGCUCACGCCGGUGGCCGCAGGUUGCGAGUGCCGGGAUUGCCUGGCCGAGGCCACCCUGGCCGGGGGGUGUUGCCCGGGCGCGUCGCACAACAGGUUCGCCUACAACGAGGCCGGGCAGGUGAGGAUCAGGGCGGGGCUGCCGAUCUACGAGUGCAACUCCAGGUGCCGCUGCGGCGCCGAGUGCCCGAACCGCGUGGUGCAGCGCGGCAUCCGCUACGACCUGUGCAUCUUCCGCACCGGCGACGGGCGCGGCUGGGGAGUGCGCACCCUGCAGCGCAUCCGCAAGAACUCCUUCGUCAUGGAGUACGUGGGCGAGAUCAUCACCUCGGAGGAGGCCGAGCGCCGGGGACAGGUGUACGACCGCCAGGGCGCCACGUACCUGUUCGACCUGGACUACGUGGAGGACGUGUACACCGUGGACGCCGCCCACUACGGCAACAUCUCGCACUUCGUCAACCACAGCUGUGACCCCAACCUGCAGGUGUACAACGUGUUCAUCGAGAACCUGGACCAGCGCCUGCCCCGCAUCGCUCUGUUUGCAACCAGACCCAUCCGGGCCGGGGAGGAGCUCACCUUUGACUACAACAUGCACGUGGACCCCGUGGACGCCGAGAGCACCCGCAUGGACUCCAACUUCGGGCUGGUGGGGGGGUCCCUGGGGGGCUCCCCCCGCGCCCGCGGCCGCAUCGAGUGCAAGUGUGGGGCGGCCUCGUGCCGCAAGUUCCUGUUCUGA